AUGAUCCCCUCGCAAAGGUACGCAGCCGGUAGCGCUGCUCGUUGGCGUUCAUCGGCCUGCAAUGCUGCAACCAUCACACAACGACGUAUCACGUCUUUAUCGUCAACCGCUGCCUCAGCAACUCGCAAGAAUGUCGGCCUGUCCUUGUCCUCGCCAAGAAUACCUCUGUCAUUCGAGACAAGCUCAUACAGUGCACUCGGCUCGGCGCCUGCGAGGUCGCUCUUCACCUCGCCCACUCAGUAUCUUCCACGGUCCAAGAAGCUAGACAAGCUACUUCAGGAGGGCAAGGAGCACGAAGGAGAAGAACACGAAGUCGAGAACGAGGAGGAGAAUCCCAAGGAUCCCGAGAAGUCAGGCGCCAAGGCCGAGUCUUCCAAUGCAUCCGACGCUGCUAGAUCUGCUGCCGGCGGUGCUGCUGCUGGUGCGUCCGGCUCUGGCUCCAGCUCGAGUGGUGCAGGAUCUCGCUCUGGCUCUGGUUCUGGUUCCGGCUCCAACUCGGUCGCUCGCUCCACAGUCCCCUCUGUAUACCCACAGGUGCUAGCGCUUCCCAUCACCCGACGUCCCCUCUUCCCUGGCUUCUACAAGGCCGUCGUAAUCAAGAACCAGGCGGUCUGCGCAGCCAUCAAAGAGUCGCUCAAGCGCGGUCAGCCCUACAUCGGCGCUUUCUUGCUCAAAGACGAGGAGGAGGACGCAGAUGUUAUUACUGACCUCAGCAAGGUGCACAAGGUCGGUGUGUUCGCACAGGUCACCAGUGUCUUUCCCGUGCAGGGCGGCGGUCAGUCAGGCGGAAACAAGAAGGGCAAGGGUGGCGAAAACAAGUCUGAAGACGAAGAGGGCAUCACUGCUGUCCUCUAUCCUCACCGACGCAUUCGCAUUGACGAGUUGAUCACUCCUACAGGCCAGACUAUCCCUUCGCCACCUCCAGGCACUGAGGGCGCCGGCCCUGCUAAUCCGAUCAGCGACGAAGCAGCCAACGAAGCCGCCAAGGCGGCUUCCAUUGCUAAGGCUCACGAGAUUCAGCAAGAGGCUCGCGACGACAGCGUCCUUCCCGAGGCCAACGAUGCCUCCGCCGCUCAUCUUCAGCAGACCGCACCACCCGCACCUCCCAAGCCAGCCGACGAGGAAGGCAACUCUGAGAGCGAAGACGGUGCAGCUGCUGACAGCCAAGAUAUGCCGUCCCACUCUGCACCUUUCCAGACCUCUUUCCUCCAAGACUACGUCGUUUCGCUCGUCAAUGUCACCAACCUCGUAGCAGCUCCCUACGAUAAGCGCAACGACCAGUACAUUCGAGCUGUCAUGUCGGAACUCAUCAGCGUUUUCAAGGACAUCGCACAGCUCAACCCGCUCUUCCGUGACCAGAUUGCCAACUUCUCCAUCUCGCAGGGUGCAGGCAACGUGUUCGAGGAGCCCGAAAAGCUCGCAGACUUUGCUGCAGCCGUCUCGACAGGCGAAGUCGGCGAGCUGCAAGCCGUGCUUGAGGCACUUGACAUCCGCGAACGUCUUCAGAAGGCCUUGGUUGUCCUCAAGAAGGAGCUUAUGAACGCACAGCUUCAGAGCAAGAUCAGCAAGGAUGUAGAGUCCAAGAUCCAGAAGCGUCAGCGCGAGUACUACCUCAUGGAGCAGCUCAAGGGUAUCAAGAAGGAGCUUGGCAUUGAGAGCGAUGGCAAGGACAAGAUGGCGGAGAAGUUCCGCGAGAAAGCGGGCGAGCUCAACAUGCCCGAAGCCGUGCGCAAGGUCUUCGAUGAGGAGCUCAACAAGCUGCAGACACUCGAACCAGCUGCUAGCGAGUUCAACGUCACUCGAGGCUACCUUGACUGGCUCACCAGCAUUCCAUGGGGAGUUCACUCGCCCGAGAAUUACUCUAUCUCUAACGCUACCGGUGUUCUCGAUGAGGACCACUAUGGUCUUUCGGACGUCAAGGACCGCAUUCUUGAAUUUCUUGCUGUCGGCAAGUUGAAAGGUACGGUUGAGGGCAAGAUCAUUUGCCUGGUCGGACCUCCCGGUGUCGGUAAGACGUCCAUUGGCAAGUCGAUUGCACGAGCAGUCGAGCGUCAGUUUUUCCGCUUCAGUGUCGGUGGUCUUAGCGAUGUUGCUGAGAUCAAGGGUCACCGAAGGACGUACGUCGGAGCCAUGCCAGGCAAGGCCAUUCAGGCUCUGAAGAAGGUCGGCACCGAGAACCCAUUGAUCCUCAUCGACGAGGUCGACAAGAUUGGCCGAGGACACAAUGGUGAUCCAGCAUCUGCUUUGCUCGAGAUGCUCGACCCUGAGCAGAACGGCUCGUUCCUGGAUCACUACAUGGACGUGCCCGUCGACCUCUCCCGGGUUCUCUUCGUCUGCACGGCCAACACCCUCGAUACCAUUCCUCAGCCAUUGCUCGACCGUAUGGAAGUAAUGGAGGUUUCUUCGUACACUGCGGAUGAAAAGCGUCACAUCGCUCGUGGCUACCUUGCCCCUCAGGCCAAGGAGGCUUCGGGUCUGCAGGAUGCCAACAUCGAGCUGCCGGAUGAGACCAUCGACUUCCUUAUUAAGCAUCACGCCAGGGAGAGCGGUGUUCGUGGUCUCCGCAAGCUUCUUGAGAAGGUCUACCGCAAGAUUGCAUUCGACAUUGUCAAGCAGCACGGAGAAUCUGUCUUCCCCGAGCCCAAGGAGGGCGAGCUUGCCAGCGCCAAGACUGAGGCUGCUCCCUCUUCAAGCACUGUUGGGUCGGCUGACAGCACAAAACAGUCCGUAACUCCACCAGCAGUUGACGGUCAGAGCGGAGAUGCUCCAUCGCCAUUCACAGAGCCAUCAGCUUCGACGAGCAAUGCAGAAUCUUCGUCCUCUACUUCAGAAAGCAAGCCACUGCAAGACGGCAAGGUGCCUGGUAAGGAUGCAGCUCCCGAGGCUCCGGUCAAGGUCACCACCGAAAAGCGUCAGCCCAUGGCUGUGCCCAAGGAUGUCAAGGUGGUCAUCACCAUCGACAGCCUGGGGAAGUACCUCGGACCUCCCGUCUACCACAAAGACCGCCUCUACACCAGCGUCAUGCCUGCCGGUGUGUCGACAGGUCUAGGCUACCUCGGCAACGGGUCUGGCUCAUUGAUGCCCAUCGAGACAACCAUCAUGCCAGGCAAGGGUGGUCUUCAGCUCACUGGUAAGCUCGGUGACGUUAUCAAGGAAUCGGCUUCGAUCGCUCUUUCAUGGAUGAAGACCAACGCACACAACCUCGGCAUUGUCAAAGAGGCCAAUGACAACCUGCUUGAGAACAAGGACGUGCAUCUGCAUAUGCCUGAGGGUGCUAUCGGCAAGGAAGGUCCCUCUGCAGGUGUUGCAUUCACCGUCUCGCUCACAUCGUUGUUGACCAAUCGAUCGGUUGCGCCUACAUUGGCUAUGACCGGUGAGGUCUCGUUGCGGGGUAUGGUUCUGCCGGUCGGUGGUCUGAAAGAAAAGUUGCUUGCUGCGCACCGAGCUGGUAUCACCAAGGUCAUUCUGCCAGCGCAAAACCAGCCCAACGUUGAGGCAGAUGUGCCUAAGGCCGUGCUGGAUGAUCUUGAGGUGCACUACGUCAACAAUGUCUGGUCAGCACUCAACCACGCAUUCGGCGAAGGGCCAUGGUCGGCAACGGCAAAGGAGAUGGAAGAGAUGGAGCGCAAGGAGUCCAUCUCGUCACAAUCUGCACCGAAGGAAAAGAUUAUGGAGAACGACGGCGCUAGCCAGGACCAGCCUGUCAACUAA